GUCUCGUAAACAACUUAGUCUAGCACCAACACCAAUUCCCUCCCUUCCAGCCCAUCAGAAUUCAGCAUUCCCUCUGGACCUCGAGUUCUCCCGUCAUUCCGGAACUCUUCCAUCCAUCCCAUCCGACGGAUCGAUCGACAUUCCACCGGACGUCAUGAUCCGAGUGAGGUGAUCCAUCCCAAAGCCACUGAGCGCAUCAAUACUAUUCUCUCCUUACUUCCUUUGCAUCCCUUCGCAUCGCAUCGCGUCACACAGCAUCUCCCAAUCAAGAAUACCCCUACGCACAUAUUUUGCACGGAAGUGCAAAAUAACAACUAUGGACCACGAAAUCCCACUCCCCCCACCACCGCGCAUCCGCCAUCGCGACCCCUCCAACAACAAUAACAAUCGUCACGCGACUCGCCCUGCUCACCACCACCGUCUCCCCUCGCGCUUCAUUGACGACCGCUCCAGUCAACCUUCCAGUGAUCCAGCGCUUUUCUCCAGUGACGAUAUCCCCGCCUCAGGACUAGAGAACUACAAUAAUGCGCCUGUUAGUCGGAAGCGCCGGUACCGCGGCACGUGGUGGGGAGAGAUGGUGAAGGACAAGGACGCGAAGCGCAAACGGGCGGAUUUUAAGGAGAAGCGCUUGGUGGAUAGCGGUGUGUGGAUGGGAAGUGAUGAUUAUGACUCUGGUCCGGGGUCGGGGUUCUUGCCUUCUGAUGCGGAUUUGGGAGAGGAUUGGCUGAACUCUCAUGCGAAUGGAGGUUCAAAGACGGUGACACCGCAGACUCAAAGUCAACAACAAGGAUUCAGGAAAGUUGAGGAAGAACCGCGCGAGCAUCAAGUCGCACGGGGGAUCGUGAAUGAUUGUCUUGAGAGGGGAGAGGAUAGUGUUGAUUUGAGUGGCCUCACCCUCCGCCUCAUCCCCCCGAACCUCCUCCUCCCCCUCCAACACCUCACCAAACUCCCAACCAUCAGAGAGCCCCCCAUCAGCGAAGACGUCUACACCUCCCUCCAACCCUUCCUCCGCCUCUUCCUCGCCGGCAACGCCCUAACCCAAGUCCCCGGCGAAAUCUUCGACCUCGAUUCCCUCCGCGUCCUCAGUCUCCGCUACAACAAACUCUCCUCCAUCCCCCCAGCAAUCCGUUCCCUCACCCUCCUCCAGGAACUAAACAUCUCCGUGAACCGCCUCCCCACCCUCCCCUGGGAACUCCUCUUCCUCAUCCGCAAAGGCGACCUCAAACACCUCACCGUCCGCCCGAACCCCCUCCUCCAAAUCGAAGACCAGCCCAUCGCCCAAUGGCACGUUCCAACCGACCAAGAGACCCAAGAACCACAACUGAAAUCAGUAACAUAUGACGGCCCACCUCCGGAGGAAGCAUGGGCACCUGUACACGUCGCUACCGGCCCAGUUACAUACUACAACGCCGAAGGCGUACCAGUCUCCUCCCAAAUCCCUACUGAACAAACCAACCACCAAACAAUAAACACCAGCAGCACCAGCAGCAUCUCCCGCGUCCCCUCCCUCCGCGAAAUCUCCCUCCUAGCAUUCACCCGCUCGACAUACCCGGACCUAAUCACAGACGAAGAAAUGGAAGAUUUCCCGGCCCUGAUGACCCGCCUACUCCGGCAAGCGAAAGAAAUUCGUAGCGCGGGGGGCAGGAACUGCUCGUCAUGUCACCGGGGCUUUGUGCUCGCGCGGACAGAGUGGAUCGAGUGGUGGGAUGUCAGUACGUAUGAGAAUGGCUUGAAGGGACCUAGGGCAUCUGGGGAAGUGUUGAGGCCGUUGCCGUUUAGGAGAGUUGGGUGUAGUUGGGGAUGUGUGCCUGAGGUUGUUUGAUUUUGAUGUCAUGACGGGAAUGUAUGUAUAGUAAGUUUGGUUGUGGGUAUGUAUGUAAAUGGAUGGAUGGAUGGAUGUAAAUGAUUAUAUUCUCAUUAGGGGUGUAAGUUCUAGAGUAGUGAGUGUCUGUUUG